GACUGGUUUUAUGUGAUGAGACAAUUGCUGAUUUCGUCUCCUACUUUUAGGUGGCCCACCUUAGCUCACCCAGUUUCAUGUAGGAGGGAGGAACGUACAAGUCUCCCACCUACUGGCUUGCCGAAUAUGCCUGUCGCACAGAUCGACGACAACGGGACCUCUAUCCACUACGAAGACUCUGGUGCGCCGCAUGGCUACUCGAAAUAUGGCACUCUCGUUUUCACGCAUGGUGCAAUGGUCAACUCGGCUAUUUUCGACCGCAUGCUGCCGUAUGCCUCGAAGUACGGUCUGCGCAUAAUUACCAUGAACAACCGGGACUACCAUGGAUCUACGCCUUACACGGAUGAAGAACUGGCACACCUGACGAACCCCGACGUUGAGGUCCAAGCGUAUGCAAUGCGUAGAUGGGGGCGAGAGCUCGCUCUCUUUCUUGCCUACGUCUGCCAGACACUGCACAUCCCUGCCGUUGCAAGCGAUGGAGCCAAGGAGGGCGGGCUGGUGCUAGUGGCGUGGUCUAUGGGCGGCAUUGCAGCUGUGUCCAUCCUAGGAGAUCCUCGGACGAUGGGAAGCGACCUGACGACCACGCUGGCUCCUUACCUGAGCAAAGUCGUCCUUUUUGACUCGCCGCCAGGCGUGUUUGGCGUAUAUCCUGACAUAGGCUUUACCUGGCCUAUGGCAGACCCCACUAUCCCACCUGAACUGAAGGCAGAUGCGUUCAUCAGUUGGGUCUCUUCAUAUUACACCUCGCCGCCAGAUGGGAUCCCCAUCACGGCUGAAUCGAUGCAUGAGCAUUACACCACCCUCCAACGCAUGCCGACGCUCCGCACGCUAUCUCCAGAAGACUAUCAGCGUAUCGUUGAACUUGAGCCCAGCACGCGCUCAUCCGGUUCGAUGCUGACCGUAGACAUGGCGAUCCAUCGUAAGCACGCGCACGGCACAUUUUUCGACGCAGAUGCAGUCCUGCCCAAUGCCGACCUUCUCUACCUCUUCUGUGAGCAGACCAUGUGGACGAGUAUAUGGAGUGCCAAGGUGGUUCAAGACUUGAUUGGAAAGGCGGCCGAUCCAGGUAAGAAGAAGCGAGAUGUUUCUUUCUUGAGGGUGAAGGAUGCGAAUCACUUUGUUCAAUGGGAUGAGCCAGAAAGGAUGGUCCGCCUGUUUGCAGAGAGCUGCUACAAUUCCCUAUAAUAGGCAACAGGUUCUGUCACGGCCAAGCGCACAAAUGUUAUAAAUACAACUGUACGAUAUAAGAGGUGAC